CCAAACUUGUUUUGGUCGAGUAGGCUGGCACUCUGGCGCCUUUUUGCAAAAAAUCUAUAAAAAACACAUCAAUUUAUAAUUAAAAAUGUGUGUAAUGUGAUACAGAAUAAUGGCUAUACCUUGUGAAAUGUUGCUGCAUCCGGAGCUAUUAACAAAUGAGCAGUUAAUGCAGAUUAUUCAAGAGCGACAUUUACGUAUUCCUCACUUACACAGGAUGGCGAGAGAUGAGCUAUUAGACUUGUUUCAUCAGUUCUGUCUGCCGUACGGGCAGAGAAAGUACAGAGAUUCUGGGAGAGGGAAAGUUCUAAACAAAGUCCGGCCUUCGAGUCCUGAGCCGGUUGUGAAGCUGAACACGUUCAACUAUAACAGCGUGAGCAAGAAGUCCAUACACUCGCCUUGUGAAAGACUAAAGCCACCGCCGGAUCUGUUGUCAUGUCAUAUGAAGAGAAUAAAACUAGACAAUCAGGCACAAAUUAAUAAGAAUCCAAGUUUCAACAUAAAUGUAAAUAAGAGGAAGAUGUCUGUUGAUGCUGUAUCUCCAGUUAUGGACAGUCCACCUCCCAAGAAGGACAGAAAACUUAUAACUUGGCCAUAAAAAUAAUGGAAUCCUAGGAACUGUUAUUUAGCUAACUCCAGUCUCCCUCUAGCACUGGAUUCUUGGUCAUUUAAAUUUUUUUUAUUCACUCAAAGUUAGCCCUUGAUCUCACUUGGUGGUAAGUGGUAAUAGCAGGUUAACUUAAAAAGGGGUAUGGUUUUUAUUAAACCCAUACCCCUUAUCAGCUUCUAUGCACUGCUUUGCUGGUAGGGUGGUAACUAGCUACGGUUGUAGACUCCAACCACACUGGAUCAGAGAUAAUUUAGAAAUUAUGAAUUCCCAAAUUGCCCCUGUCAAGAAUCGAACCUGGGACCUCCCUCUUAUACGAACAGAGUGCUCACCACUGUGCCAGGGAGGUUGUCAAAAAGUUCUACCAAUGCUUAUGAUUUUAUUGCACUCCAAAAAUGUCUUUUGAGCAAAUAGUGGAUAAGUGUUUGUAACAGAAUCCAACUUAUAAAGAAAGUGAUUGUUUGUUGGUUUGUUCUUGGAUCGCGAUGCAACACAGUAAUGGAUCAUUGUGGUUUUUAAACUACUUUUUAUCUUGGAAAAUCAAAGAUGUUUAAAAAAAAAGUAACUCCAUGUAGACUGAUGGCGGGCAUCAUCUAGUUUUAAUUAUAUAGUUAGUCAAAAUGUUUUUUGCUUUCUUUAGUACUGUCAAUUGCUUUCUGUAAUACUGUGACAGUAUAGCACCGAUUUUAGUGACACUCAAACUUAUAGUUAAUUUGAAAGCACAUCUAUCUCUAUGCACAUACCUCUUUAGCUUUCAAAGUAAAGUCAAUGCAAAUAUAUUUUGUGAUGAAAUGACUUUAAAUCAAGGUUCUUUAAAUCCAUUUUACUCUGAAUUAUUGUGUCUGACGCUGGAAUUCUAUUAUCAUUUGGUGAGAUGUUAACUCAUACUAACCAAGUACUAACUCUAAACAAAUGAUUGCAAUCAUUUGCAAUUUGACACUGUAAAAGUGUAAACUGUCAAAUUUUGGCACUUGUCAUAGUGCUUGGCAUAUAGAAGUGAUUGCGAUUAUCACAUUAGUUGCUAUCAAAGUACUGUGCUAGGGUAUUGUAAAUAUGUAUGCAUGGUUUUAUGUCAUGACUUGAAUCAGUUUUUAAUCCAUAAUAUUGUAAAUGUCUAAGUUUGUCUUCACAGCCCAUCUGUUUAACCGACUUUGCCUCUUAGUACAGACAUAGCUUGCAUCCUCGGGAUGAGCAUAGGCUACUUUUUACACCGGAAAAGAGUUCUCAAAUCCCACAGGAUUUUAAAAACCUAAAUUCACACGGACAGAAUCGCAGGCAUCAUCUAGUUUACAAUAAUUAUAUAUUUUCAAUCAUCUGAUGUAUGAAUGUCAUUAUACAAUGUUGUUAUUAAAAAUUGCUUGUACUUUUUUGUUAACUUAUUAUGUAUUCAAAAGAAAGCUGUUAUUUUUAUUAUCAGUUUUGAAUUUUAAAGUAACUACCUACUGUCUCAAUGUUAAUAAUAUUAGAUGUAAUUUUUUUGUACUAAAAAUCGAAAUUUUAGUUAAUUAUUACAUAAUAAUAAAAUAUUGUAUCCAAGAUCAUAAUAAAAUAAGUAAUAUAAGUAUAUUUGGAAUACAAUGUGGUAUAUUUGUA